AUGGUGCUGGGCGAUACCAACAGAACUACUGUCGCGCAAAGCCACGGAGAAACUAUGAAGUCCUUGAUGGCUGAGGAGCGCGCGCGAGAGACAGGAGCAAAUGUGGAAACCUUUAACGGCAUUAUGAUCUCUGAGGUCCUCGUCCCUCACCUAUUCAAGAUUGCGCACGAGUCUGGAGAGGUGGCUGUGGCUGCGGGCUCCGGGUCCUUGGAUAUGAAGCCCUCCAGCUCUCCGAUCCUUCUGGAGAUGAUGGAGGUGGCGAACGGCACGCGCUGCGCGGAGCAGAUCCUCAGCUAUGGAGAGGUGGAGAAGGUACUGAUCGGUGGAGUGCUGACCAUGCUCACACUCAUCACCAUCUGCGGGAACAUGCUCGUGGUCAUUUCCGUGUGUUUCGUGAAAAAGCUACGGCAGCCUUCUAACUAUCUGAUCGUGUCCCUCGCGCUCGCGGACCUCUCCGUUGCGCUCGCGGUGAUGCCGUUCGUCAGCAUCACGGACCUGAUCGGUGGACGCUGGAUUUUUGGCAAGUUCUUCUGCAACGUGUUCAUAGCCAUGGAUGUGAUGUGCUGCACCGCGUCCAUCAUGACUCUCUGUGUUAUCAGCAUUGAUCGAUACCUUGGCAUCACCAGACCCCUAACAUACCCGGUGAGACAGAACGGCUGGUGUAUGGCCAAAAUGGUGCUGUCUGUGUGGCUGCUCUCUGCGUCAAUCACGCUUCCACCUCUCUUCGGCUGGGCACAGAAUGUCAACGAUGACCGCGUGUGUCUGAUCAGCCAGGACUUCGGCUACACUAUUUACUCCACGGCUGUUGCAUUUUACAUCCCCAUGACCGUCAUGCUGGUCAUGUAUUAUCGCAUCUACCGUGCUGCCAAGCUCAGUGCUGCCAAACACACCAUCACCGGCUUCCCUCGUGUGGGACAGGAAGAAGUAGAGGAAGAUGAGGUGGAAGAGGAUGGAGGAGAUGGGGCAGAAGAGCCCACAGGAGUGGAUUGCGUAACUGUUGCCAUCAAGCUUCAGAGGGAAGUGGAAGAGUGUGCGCGUCUGCCUCGAAUCCUGCGAGGAGUGGGCAGGAGGUGCUCAGACCGUAGGAGCAUCUCCAUUUUCAAGCGGGAACAGAAAGCCGCGGCUACUCUUGGGAUUGUAGUUGGAGCAUUCACCAUCUGUUGGCUCCCAUUCUUCCUGCUCUCCACGGCGCGGCCCUUCAUCUGCGGGACAGAGUGUAGCUGCAUCCCACUGUGGGUUGAGAGAACGCUGUUGUGGCUUGGCUACGCAAACUCGCUUAUCAAUCCCUUCAUCUACGCUUUCUUCAACCGCGACCUAAGAACUACCUACCGAAGCCUCCUCAGCUGCCGAUACCGCAAUAUUAACCGCAGACUGUCAGCCGCUGGGAUGCAUGAGGCCCUACGAUUGGUGGAAAGACCGGAGGUGGUCGUCUCUGGGUGACCUAAACUGUGCACGUAACAUACAGGGAGUUCAAAGGAUAACAUUGCACAGAUACAAGCGCACAGACCUAAAUGGUGGCAUUUAGGAUCGUGCGAUGUUUGGAAGGUGUCAUGGCGGUAACUACACAGUUGUCAAAUUGGACAGAGAGGUGCACAAGGGUCGAUGCACAUUGCGUUUUCUCUUCUUGGCUGACACAGGAACACAACAUCACUGGCUUUCUUUUGGAAAAACUAUGAAGAAAAAAACAUAUAGCAGAUGAGUCCAGCUUUACUGAUUUUUCACUUUACUAAUAGUUUAAUUCCAGACAAUCCAA